AUCAAACAGGUGUUAGGAAGUGGUGUUCAUGCUGUUGUUAAGAAGGCAAGGAACAAGCAAACCAAGGAGCUCGUGGCUGUGAAGUGUGUAGAUAAGGCAAACAUGCGACGUCGUCAAUUGGCUAGAGAGAUUGAGAUCCUGACCACGGUUUCUCACCCGAACGUCAUCUCAUUGAAGGAUGUCUUUGAAGACGAGAAGUCUGUGUAUUUAGUACUCGAGUUGGUGCAGGGUGGAGAAUUGUUUGAUAGAAUUGUAAAUGACGGGGCUUUUAGUGAGAAGGACGCUGCUAAGAUGAUAAGAAAGAUUACGGAUGCUUUGAUGCAUUUACACGAACGCAAAAUUUGCCAUCGAGAUCUGAAACCAGAAAAUCUCCUUCUUACCUCCAAAGGAUCAGAAGCAGACAUUAAGAUUGCUGAUUUUGGCUUGUCUAAGGUAAUUCUGGGCGAGAAGACGAUGAUGAAGAGAUCUUGUGGUACAUGGGCAUACUGGGCACCUGAAAUAUUACGAAGGCAGCCCUACGACUACUCGGUCGACCUCUGGUCGAUGGGAGUCAUCCUCUACAUCAUGCUCUCUGGAGUUCAUCCCUUCGACCCAGAUGGAAGAUCGACGGACGCCCAGAUCGUGGAGAGGAUUCUACGGGCCGACUACAAGUUCGAUCCUGAGUACUGGGCGCACGUAUCGCCGCAAGCCAAGGAUGUUAUUCGCCAUUUGAUCCACAUGGACCCGAUGCAGCGAUACACUUGCGAGCAGCUCUUACAGCAUCCUUGGGUAGCUGGUAUUCUAUCGAACGCCCUGAAGCUCUAUGUCAAUUCUUUUGUUGUCGAACAGGCAACGGGGUGUCCGACAGCCCGAUGCCCAGUCAGUCACUAG